CUUCGACAACGACUCACAAUCAGCUUUUUAAGAAACACAAUACCAAAAAAGCAGACAGAUCUUAAGAAACGAUCCUCCGAAGCACACAUUAUAAGACAUCCUAGAUGCUGUAUCUAAGUAUUAACAGUUCUUAUGGCAAUGUUAAGCAUAUGCUCCGCGUAUCCCACUGGUUUAUGACGCCUCCUUAAAAGUGCUUGUCCCCAUGGCCGAUCGACUACGAUGCGGCUCGCAGGCCUUUCCUACACGUGGCAAGUUCCCUUUAAAUUGAGGCCCGCCGGAUCUCCGACCACUCUUCGGCCACAGCGGCCCCGUCGUAGCUAGUAGAUUGUUCCCGAUGGUUUCGAAACUCGGAUUUCCCUACAAGUGCGAGGUCUGUUCCAAGGCCUAAGGAACGGCCCACACGGCCACCCGGAUUGUUCUCACAAACCCGUUCUCCUGUCGUCUCGCGAUUUCUCCCCUUUAUCGUCGACGUCAACUCUGCUUCCCGCAAACCACGUGUGGGGCUUCCCCCUACAUUGAAGAAUCUCGACAACAUGGCCCAAGACCGCCAGACUGUUAUUAGCCGUGAUGACAAGAAGAGAAUCAUCACUAAAGCCAUCAAGCCGUUCAAGAAUCUGGACUACCGGGGAGUAGACAUGGCUAAAAAGUGGCCGCAACAGCGCAUCUUGAACGAAGCUGCUGCGCUGCAGUUCAUCAGAGACAGCACGACCAUCCCUGUUCCGGCCGUCAUUGCAGUUGGUGAAGGGCCAGAUGGUUUCUUCGUCACAACCGAGCUCAUCGACGGCAUCCCGCUCGCUGACAUCGGAGAGAGGUGUGAGGUGCCAACCCUGCCUGGCCACGAGAAAACCAAGUGCUCGGCGUGCCAGGCAACAGCGAUUGCGAAUGCAAAGACCUUCGUCGAAGAGACGGUCCUCCCUCAGCUCAGAAAGCUAACAUCGCACACGACUGGUCUCGACGGAUUUGUUAAUCCGCCGCCUUGGGUGACUGAAGUGGACAGGAGGGAGUCCUGGGACACGAAGACGUCCGCUGUGCCGGAGUUUGUCUUUUGUCACGGCGACCUCGGGCCUUAUAAUAUCAUGGUCGACCCAUUUACCCUGAUGGUAACAGGCUUGAUCGACUUCGAGAAUUCUGGCUAUUUCCCCUCCGAGUUCCUUGAGCAGUGGGCUAUUGACGUAAAAGGAUACUAUAAGAUGUACAAAACCAUGUAUGAAAGUCCGGCUGAGCUUAGCAGACUCACCAUGGCUCUUCAGUCAUAGCGGAACCUGGUCACAAUAAGGCGGUUAGGCCAGAAUACUAUCUUAAGAUACCUCUGUACCAUUCACGCGGCACCUAUAAGUUGGG